UCAAACAUUCGAUCGGACGGCUAGGACCCAAAGUAGCACAUGCCUUCCUCAUCUCAGGCACGAAAACCCUAAACCCAUGGCAUUCUCCGCCACUCGCCGUCUCUCCGCGGCCGCAGCGCCGGCGGCGAAACUCUCCUCGCUCUUCCCGCAUCGACGCACUCCCAAGCCUCGCCUUCCGGCGACUGAGUCCGGCGGUGAGCCGUGGCGGAGGAAGCCGACAUCGAGACCGAGGCAGCCGUGGGGGGAGGAUGCGGUGGCGCUGCUCCGGCGGCUUCACGAGGGGAGAUACCUGCCGGGGCCUGACCUCUCCGAGGCGCCGCAUGUCUUAUCACCCGACAUCGUCAAGGCCGCGGCCGAGCGGUUCGGCCAUGAUCACCAGGUCGUCGCCAAAUGGUUAUCAGGGAGUGAUUUGAAGAAGCUUGCAUUGUUUGGUUGCCCAUCUGUUGAGCGAAGAACAGUUUUUGCAUCAAAAAGAUUGCGAUCUUUCUUCAACAUUCCAGAAGAUAAAAUAUGCAGCUCUUGCAAGAUAAGAAGUUCAUGCCAGUUUGUUAACCAGGAAGUACCUAGGCAUCAUAAAGUGAUCCUGUCAGAUACUAUGAGAAUCCUCACUUUAUUUGUCCUUGAUGCAUGUCCUCAGCAACUUCAGGUUACUGCUGAAUUAAAAGCUAGUGUUUGCAAACUUCUCAAGGACACUAUGAAUCUAAGCAGUAUUUUUGACAAGCCCAUUGUGUAAUCUACUGGAUUUACUAUGUAAUACGUUAGAUAGGCUUAGGUUCAUGUUUCCUUUUUCUUUUGCAUCUGAAGAUAUGUAACGUGAUGUGAAGCAACUAAUCAACAUUUAUUCACAGACACUAGCUAUCUGAAGGAUUCAGAUAGUGUGCUGACCUCAUUGAUUUUUCUUGGUUCUUCUGACUCCGAUUUUAUGAGUGUUGUACUGUAGCAAAUUCAAGAAGCAUAUUCCGA